CCCUUGGCAGCCGCGUCCUCCGCCCCACUGCUGGCGGCGGCCUCGUCGGGCGCGGGCAGGAAAACGCGCGCCCCUCGGAGGACUUAGGCGCCCCCUCUGUCUGCGCGCAGGGCCGGAGACAGCUGGGCCGGGUUGUCUCUGAGACCUAGCUGGGCGCCAGAGACCGAGGGUCCGUGGCUCCAAACAACAGGUCUCGGGUCCCGGGGCUGCUGGAACAUGUACCGGGAGCUCCAGUUUGUUUGACAGCUGCCAGACUAUGUUCACACUUCUGAUUCUGCUCAGCCAACUGCCCACAGUUACCUUGGCGCUUCCUCCUCGCACAAGAAAUCCGAAGGACUCCAGGCAUGCGCCACAACAAGUCUUUGCAUCAAAAGAAGAAGCGAACUUUUUCAUACAUCGCCGCCUCCUGUACAAUAGGUUUGAUUUGGAGCUUUUCCUUCCCAGUGACCUAGAAAGAGAAUGCAAUGAAGAAGUUUGUAAUUAUGAGGAGGCCAGAGAGAUUUUCCUGGAUGAAGAUAAAACGCUGGAAUUUUGGAACAAAUAUUCAAUUAAAGGACCAACCACAAAAUCAGACGGCAACGGAGAGAGGACUGAUGCUAUUCGCAUUCUGAUUGGAAUAAUUGCUGGGGGAACACUUUUGGUUAUUUUUGGACUGUGUUUGUAUUAUGUUUGCAUAACCAAGCAUAAGAGACGACCACAUGCAGGUUGUUCAGUCGCCUAUGCAAGAAAUGGCAGCUUUUCCAUUAAUCUCAGAAGACCUGAGGAAGCUAUUCUGUCUCCGUCGGUGCCAUCUGUGGAAGACACCGGAUUACCUUCCUAUGAGCAGGCAAUGGAACUGAACAGAAAAAACAGUGUUUCACCACCACCACCUUAUCCUGGGCUGGCAAAAGGAUUUAGGGUAUUUAAAAAGUCUAUGUCACUCCCAUAUCACUAAGCCCACCCUGAUAUCUCAAUAUAAGAAAUUCAUAUUAUUCAAGUGGUUUAUUCUCUCUGAACCAAAAAAAAGACACCAGCUACUCAGCUCUCUGCUACAAACUGCAAGGAAUGAAAGAGGACUAAACAUGUGAAUGGCAUCAUAAUUUCACUGACAUCUUGGACCCUGAUCAUUGUAUCUUUUUUUG